CUAAAGUUACAGAAAAAAAUGUGGCAAAACAAUAAACUUUUUGUCAUGAACACAAAGUGUUAUGUUUGGGGCAAAUCCAAUACAACACAUUACGGAGUACCACUCCCCAUUUUAUCAAGCAUAGCGGUGGCGGCAUCAUGUUAUGGGUAUUGCUUGUAAUCAUUGGGGAGCUUUUCAGGAUAAAAAGAAAAGGAAUGGAGCUAAGCACAGGCAAAAUCCUAGAGGAGGCCCUGGUUCAGUCUUCUUUCCACCAGACACUGGGAGAUGAAUACACUUUUCAGCAGGACAAUAACCUAAAACACAAGGCCAAAUCUACAAUGGAGUUGCUUACCAAGAAGACAGUGAAUGUUCCUGAGUGGCUGAGUUACAGUUUUGACUUAAAUCUAUGGCAAGACCUGUAAAUGGUUGAAUAGCAUUGAUCAACCACCAGAAUAAUGGGAUAAUGUUUCACAAUCCAGGUGUGGAAAUCUCUUAGAGACUUGCCCAGAGAGACUCACAGCUGUAAAUGCUGCCAAACGUGCUUCUACAAAGUAUUGACUAAGUGGUCUAAAAACGUAUGUAAAUGAGAUAUUUCUCUAUUUAAUUUUCAAUAAAUUUGCAAAAAUUUCUAAAAGAUGUUUUCACUUUCUCAUUAUUGGGUAGAUGGGUGAGAGAGAAAAAAUAGAUUUAAUUCAUUUUGAAUUCAACCUGUAACACAGCAAAAUAUGGAAUAAGUCAAGGGGUAUGAAUAAUUUUAGAAGGCACUGUAUUUGGUACCAGCUCCAUACAGUCCAUCCAAUUGCUUGUCUGAAUUCAGGCCUAUUCCUACAGAGACAGACAGACAGGGAAGGUGCAGAGGAAGCCAGUUGUAACACAUAUUUGAAUAGCUAUGAUAUGUGAUCAUUCUAGUUCUCAAUCCACAGGACAUCCAUCCAUGCAGAAAUGCAAUGUGAGCUAAACAGCAUUGCAAUGUCUUAUUCUCAAGAGGAGAAAAGGCCACAACAAAGAAGCAUUAAAACACUAAAUGUCAAGAAUUGUGAAAAACUGAGUUUAAAUGGCUAAGGUGUAUGUAAACUUCCAACUUCAACUGUAAAUAUUCCCUUUGAUAAAUUCUGAAUUCCUUAUGGAUUUGGAUUCCUCACGUCUCAUUCCUUAUUGGAUGAGAUUCGUUAUGACAGUACUUGUUUACUUAGUGGGGGGGUACCUUAAAGUGCUUACAUGAAAUGACUUGUUCCCUAUAAAUCAAUUGUAUUAUUAUAUCAGCCUAUCAUCAAAUGCUCUUUGCCAGAUAUCAAACGAUGAUUGUUAUGGAUUUGAACUACUUAUUCCUCUAUGAUAAUGCCGUUAGCCUGGGUUGACAGGCAGGCUGGACGGCACAUGGUGUGACAUUUUUCACUUCAUCCCCAGUGAGCUUUUCUGGGCCAACUCCCUUCACACUGCCCAGAGGAAAUAUGAACGAUUGAUAUAUGGCACCUUUUCACCUCAGUGUCAGCCAUGUCAAAGCAGCCGAUGUGUCUGUAAACAAUACUGCUCCAUGAAUGAGGUGAGUUGGGGCAAGUAGGAUGCCUUUGGCACACCUGAAAGUGAAAACACUUUCUUGUAAAUCAGAUCAGGUUCCUCACUAGAAUCUGGUUGGCAUGUGUCAAGAUGCAAAGUCAAAUCGAUAAAAGGCUGUUGUUGUAGUGGUUUACCACAGCUAGUCAGCGGGCAAUGCCCUUUAUUGAGACAGUUUUAGUGCAGCUGGUAUGCUACUAAACUGUGAAGACAGACAGGCUGUGGGUCCAGGUUUAGGGGGGACACUCCUACCUCCUGCACAUCUUUCCACUCCCUAUAAGACAAAACCUCUCCACAGUUCUCUGUGACUCAAACUCAAAUGUCAGGUGUCUAGAAAUCAAAGCAAAAUGGUAUCUUUCAGAGGUUGGUGUUUGGUAGCAGAAUGCUGAAUUAUUCAAUAUGUUUAAUACUCCAGUACAGUAGAUGUCAAUCAAUAAUAAGAAUCAUAUUUAUUUGUGUACAUCUUCCUAUUUCAAUGGCAGACAUUAUUCUCCAUUCUCUCCCAUCAACAGGACAUCUGAUCCCCUCAUCCAAACCUCAAAACCUUGGCAUUCCAACUAAUAUCAUCUGGUGAGGGGAAACUUCAAUGUAAACUCAUUACCUGUCCUCUGUUGUAUGUGGAGCUGCUAAGCAUCCUUUAUUAGUGACUUGGGCGGACCGUCCAACAACAGACGUCUUCACCAAGCAAUCACAACUUGUUAACUCUCUCUCUCUCUAUGGCUCACCCAUAACAGAGCCAACCCUAUUCUUGAGCAGGACGAGAGGUGUGUUAAGCGUCAUAUGCCAACUCUUCCAUCCACAGGGUUAAAUGUUGAAUUAGGCCCUGUGUUUCUCUCCCCUGUCUGAUCUGUCUUUUUUCUGUGAAAACAUAGCAACCCAAAUAAGGAGAUUGGCUGAGAGCUGCUGUGUAAGUGAGUGUUUACAGCGGUCCAAGCCAUUCCUUAGAAAGGCCUCGUAUGAGUGGUUUGAUUGGGUGGUGGGGUGGGUGGAUGUCUGGUGAGGGGGGCAGAGUGGUGCGUGGAGGGAUGGAGGGAGGAAGGGAGAGGGAAGCAUCGGAGACUACACUCAGGUUUGGUUGGAGGUUUAAAGCAUUGACAGCAGCCCUAGGCUCAAGUCUGCAUCCCUCUGUGUUGAGUUUGCAACCUCUUGUCUCGCACUCCAUUGCUCUCCCUCUUUCUCUGUUUCUCUAGCCCUCUGACUUGUGGACUCAGGAUCUAGUAGUCACUCCAUUACUGCAUAGGACAGGCUCUAUCUCAAACUACAGGGGUAACACAACUUUCUCAGCUACAUUUCUCUCAGUGAGCACACUAACCAGGCACUAUGGAGGCCAUCAAGAAGAAGAUGCAGAUGCUGAAGCUGGACAAGGAGAACGCCAUCGACCGCGCAGAGCAGGCUGAGACCGACAAGAAGGCAGCAGAGGACAAGUACAAGCAGCUGGAAGACGAGCUGCUGGGCCUGCAGAAGAACCUGAAGGGGACUGAAGACGAGCUGGACAAAUACUCUGAGGCCCUCAAAGACGCCCAGGAGAAACUGGAACAGUCUGAGAAGACCGCCGCAGACGCGGAGGGUGAUGUGGCGGGUCUGAACCGCAGGAUCCAGCUGGUGGAGGAGGAGUUGGACCGGGCCCAGGAGAGGCUGGCCACUGCGCUGCAGAAACUGGAGGAGGCAGAGAAGGCUGCGGAUGAGAGCGAGAGAGGCAUGAAGGUGAUCGAGAACCGGGCCUCCAAGGACGAGGAGAAGAUGGAGAUGCAGGAGAUGCAGCUAAAGGAGGCCAAACACAUCGCUGAGGAGGCCGACCGCAAAUACGAGGAGGUGGCCCGUAAGCUGGUAAUCCUUGAGGGAGAACUGGAGAGAGCUGAGGAGAGGGCCGAGGUCUCAGAACUUAAAGGCAGUGAUCUGGAGGAGGAGUUGAAAAAUGUGACCAACAACCUAAAAUCCCUAGAAGCCUCAUCUGAGAAGUACUCAGAAAAAGAGGACAAGUAUGAAGAGGAGAUCAAGGUUCUUAGUGACAAGCUGAAGGAGGCUGAGACUCGUGCAGAGUUUGCAGAGAGGACAGUGGCCAAACUGGAAAAGUUCAUUGAUGACCUGGAAGAAAAAUUAGCAGGUGCCAAAGAAGAGAACCUGGGAAUGCAUCAAGUCCUGGAUCAAACACUGCAAGAGCUCAACAGCUUAUAAAGAUGAGGAGGAAGAUGGAGAGGAUAAAAGUCUUGCAACAUUCCAUAAAUAUUACAUUUCAUUCCACAUUUUGAGCUGUAAAGUCUUAUUCCCAGCGAAAGGGGAUUAACUUAACUUGUACCCUUUGUUUUUUAAACCAAUGAGUCAAGAAUAGAAAAAAACAACUCAUAUUUGACAUGUGCACUCAAAAGCAUGUUUUGAAAUAGGUUGUGUUAUAUGUAUGGCCUUCAUUUAUGUAUGAUUCAUGAGCUCCACCGAGAGUUAUUUUGCAAACAGUUGACAGGAAUCAGCUUUUACCAACUGACAUGGUAAUUUAGUGCAUGCACAAUGUAUGUGAACAUAUCCACAGGUUGGACUGUGCCUUUUAAUAAUGAGCCAAUAUUCUACCUUUGGUGUAUAUGUGUGUGCUAACAUGGUCAUUGACACUAGAGGAAGACUCAUGGAAACGAUGGUGAACAUGUCUGUGGUGCUACUGGUGGUGCUAAAAUACUGUGACUAUCAUUCAGGUGGAGGGAUUGCCAAAGUGAAGAAAAUAAAUAAAUUAUGUGAAAAGAGUAUUCUAUACAAAUCUUUCAAGGAACUACAACUCCUCUUCUGACCUAACCUAUUAUCUGUAUGGUCUUAAAGUCCUGCCAUAUGCUGACAUGCAGCUUCAUAGCACCUCCUUUCCACUAUGGCCUGACAUGCCUGCCACUAUCCCAGCUCUGCAUUUGGCUGCCUAGCCUAGGUGUAAAAUCAUAAUCCUGGUAUUAUAUUGUGGUGGUAGCAUAUUUAAUAAAAGUUCAACCAAAAAAAGCACCACUGGGGCCUCAAUCAAGGUAAUAAAACAUGGACACUUAUUGUAUAUAGUAGAAUAAUGUUAGUUAUUGAUGUAUUGCUCCAGUUUUACAAAACUUUCAGUCAGGGGAACUCUCGAAACCAAAGAAUACACAAACCACAGAAGGUGAACCGUCAAAAGGUUUUAUUGUUGUCUGUGAAGGUAAUCAAUCAAGGCUUCUCAUCCUUAUUUGACUGAGUCUGUGUUGAAAUGAUUCAUUCACUUUUCCAGCUUUCAGUCUAAUAAAUUUUUACACAACCUGG